UAGACGCUGGCUUUGUCUCAGCCAACUGUGCUUUCGAGUGUUAGUUGUACCAAGGACGGGUUUCGGACCGGAUUAUGUGUGUAGGUGGGUUCGAAAAAAAGAACGAGAAUCAUUCCACUUGGGCUUCCAAGCUGGACUCACUACUUACAAGCUUGUUAACAAUCUCAACCAUUCGCAAUCUCACACAUCUUCUCGACCAUCAUCAUCUUGGUUGACUUGACCGGGCACACACUACGGCACCCAAGACCAGAGACGAAGCAAAUGUGCACCUACAAGACCCACAUCCGCGUGUGCCGCCGGUGCAGCAGCGAGGACACAGUCCUCAUUUCAGAACAACUCUGUUCCGUAGCCAGGAACAGCGGCAGCGGCAUCUUUGGCUCCUGCCUAUCCGGGGUUUCCGGCCAACGAGAUCAGACGGGGUACAAGUGCUGGCAAUGCCAGGACGAAGCAACCCUCCCGGCAUCCCGGUCUCGAAGCAGUAGUGGCAGUGGGAGUAGCACCUCGAGUGGCAGCACAGGCGGAGGACCAAGGAGGAGGGGGAGCAGUGUUAGUGUUAGUGUACCCAUUGGAGCGCAAGGUGUGAACUCCAUGUAUGGAUACAACAACAAUAACAACUAUCACCAUGGAGUUGGAGGGGGUGGUGGCAGUGGUGGUGUUUAUGACAGGGGGCAGCAGCAGAGACGGAUCUCGGUAUCAGGACAGACGACGACGACGACGACGACAUUGAUGAUGUUGCAAGGACAAGGGAGGGAGUACGUGCCUGGACCGGCAGCAUUACCGGUAUCAGAGCAACAGCAACAGGGACAACAACAGGAUCUCGAAAGGAGGUUGAGGAGGAUGGGGAAGAUGAGGGCAGACUUGGGGAGAUAUGAUGGGCGGUUCAUAUAGAUCAGAUUGUUCGCGUGGGUAUUGCUGGCAUUGGUCAUGUCAUUUGUCGUAUCGAUCCGAGGCAUCCAAGGCACUCGGUUCCUGGCAGCCAUGUUUGUUAAGUGUGGAUCCAGUCGAGCCGAUCUGGACCCUGGAACAGAAGAAUGCUGGACCCUUUACUUGUUGGUAGAAUAGCUAGAACUUAUAAAGGUGUUAAGUGGU